AUGCACUUAUUAUUAAAAAGAAGAAAUUUUCAAUUAAAAAAAACAGAUCCAAAAUAUUUAAUAUAGCUUAAGGGUUUUUAACUAAAUGGAAAAUGGAUUAUGAAUUUAUUGUGGCAUGAGGAUGUCAUAGAAUAAUACUUCAGUUUGAAAAAAGUUUAAAUUUUCCUUCUAUUUUAGAAUAUUGAAUAAUUUAGAAAAUUAUAAUUUAGAACAAGAAGAGUAAAUUAAAUCUUGUUUAAAAAUGUAAUGUUAAUUUAAGGAAUUAUCAAAUGA